AUGGUGCAUCCGAGCCAAGGCCAGGGCGAGAGCUGGAACUACACCAUCCGAUCCGACGGAGCGCUGGGAGAGGAAAUCUACGUGGGCCAGGACGACAACGAUGUCCAGAUCUACAUUCUGCCCUUCCAGCGCGCCAUCGACCAGGCCAUCGCCUCCGUCGAGGGCUCUGCUGCCAUCCCCGCCACCGACGAGUACCCGUACACAGAGCGUACGCAGCAAGAAUACGACGAUCGCAUCAGGACCCUGUACAUGGGCGCACUCAUCAACAUCAUGGGCGUGGCUCUGUACAUUGGCGUGUGCGGCGUCACCUAUCAGCUCACGGGGCAAAUGGCCGAGGAGAGAGAACGCGGCAUAUCCCAGCUGGUCGAAGCCAUGUCGCCCGCCAAAAAGCCAUGGCACACGCAGUUUGCCCGUCUUCUGUCCAUGCACAUUGCUUUCGACAUCAUCUACUUCCCGGGCUGGGUCAUUAUGGGCGCCAUCCUUUGGGCUCUGGCUUUCCAAACCUCCAACGCUGCCAUAUUGAUCAUCUUCCACAUCCUUGCUGGCCUGUCCUUGACCAGCUUCUCCAUCUUCGGCGCGGCUUUCUUCCGCAAAGCCCAACUAUCUGGUAUCACCAUCGUCAUCGUCCCGAUCCUCCUGGCCAUCAUCGCCCAAGUCGCUGGACCUUUCAGCACAGCUGCUGUAUACGUUCUGAGCCUGCUCUUUCCGUCCAUCAACUACGUCUUCUUCAUUAUUUGCGUGGCCCGUUUUGAGCGACAGCUCGUUGGAAUGAACCUCGUCCAAGCCGCGCCCGACUACCAGGACCACAUCUGGACUACUCCCGGCAUCGUCUUCUGCAUAUUUGCCAUUAUACAGACUUUUGUGUACCCUGUUCUGGGCGCUCUUGUUGAGCGCUGGCUCUACGGCACCGUUUCGGCCGACCGGAAGACUACAACGUCUUCGCCGGAUCACAACAUCAUCCUGACAAACUUUUGUAAGCACUGGACUCCCAGUUGGUUUCGCAGCAACGUCCUUGCCAAGUUCGGCGUCAAGCCACCGGAAACAGUCGUCGCCGUGCAAGACUUCAGCAUGAAGGCGCGCAAAGGCCAGAUUAUGGUUUUGCUUGGUGCCAAUGGUAGUGGCAAGUCCACCACGCUGGACGCCAUCGCGGGUCUCAACUCCAUCACUAGUGGAGCGAUCGAGAUUGAUGGCACCGGAGGCCUUGGACUGUGCCCCCAGAAAAAUGUCAUGUGGGAUGAGUUGACUGUUUACGAACACGUUCGUAUCUUUAACCAGUUAAAGUCAACCGGCACCUACGAUACCAAAGAUACCAUCGAAAACCUGAUACGCGCUUGCGAUCUGGGGCACAAGAUCAGAGCACAGUCCUGCACACUUUCUGGGGGUCAAAAGCGCAAGCUUCAGCUGGCCAUGAUGUUCACCGGCGGUUCAAAAGUCUGCUGCGUCGAUGAGGUGUCGUCCGGAUUGGAUCCACUCUCGCGAAGGAAGAUCUGGGAGAUUCUACUCGCUGAGCGGGGUGACCGCACCUUCUUGCUCACGACACAUUUUCUCGACGAGGCAGAUGUCCUUGCCGACUACGUUGCCAUCCUUUCCCGCGGUAUCCUCAAAACCAAGGGUACUUCGGUUCAGCUCAAACAUGAAGUCGGCGCUGGAUACCACGUUACGUAUCCGAAAGACGCUCCUGUCAAGCCCCCAGUGGAUGCCAUCAAGAAACCGGCACCUUCCGAAGGCAUGCUACAGUACCAAUUCGAGAACGCACUGCCCGCCACCAAAUUCGUUGAUAUUCUGAGACAUCAUGACGUCAAGAACUACGACAUUGUUGGCCCGACAUUGGAGGAUGUCUUCCUGGCCAAUGCUGAGGAAGUCAAGGAGUACAACCUAAUGGACGCUGACCACGGUGGGCAAGCUGGAACCCCAACGUCGGACAAGGAUCGAGACGUACCUUCAGAUCACUCUGACACCGACAAGACGCUAGAAAUGAGCAAAGGUCGUGGCACUAGUCUACUCAGGCAGAUACUCAUACUCGUACAGAAGCGUAUCACCAUUGUCAAACGCAACUUUUGGCCCUACAUAUUCGCUUUACUCCUUCCGAUUGUGGCGGCGGGACUAGUCACACUGUUCCUAAAGGAUUACGAGGCUGUGGGAUGCGAUCCUGGAGCCAGCGCUAACGACCCUACCAUAUUCUCGCUUUCCAACGUAGACGAUGUCCCUCUCAUCCCCAUCGGUCCGGCAAGUACCGUCGGUCCUGCUAUCGACACCAUCAUUCAACGAACAGGAGUCUCCGAGGACAGUUUUCACCUCGUGGACACACUCGAUGAAUUCAACGACUACGUCAACACGCGUUUCCGCAACAUCACACCCGGUGGCUUCUUCCUAAAUGAUAACGGCCCGCCACUCAUGGCUUACCUUGCUAAUGGCGGUGUCAUCGGUGGCCUCAUCACACUGAAUACUCUCGACAACAUCUUGACAAACAUCACCAUCUCCACACAGUACCAGCAAUUCGCCGUGCCAUUUGCUCCUAAUAUGGGCGACACGCUACAGCUGAUCUUGUAUUUUGGCCUGGCCAUGUGUGUCUACCCAGCGCUAUUUGCUCUAUAUCCGACACAAGAGCGGCUUAGGAAUGUCCGAGCGCUGCACUACAGCAACGGUAUCCGGGCUGUGCCACUGUGGCUGGCAUACACGGCGUUUGAUUUCCUGUUCGUGCUUGUGAUCUCUGCCGUCACUACAGGGAUCUUUGCUGCAGUAAGUUCCUAG